AUGGUUCAGGAGUCUCUUCAUUCGGCCUUGGCCCACAGCGAGAUAUUCCACCCAAAUAACCAGAGAGCCAAGCAGACGGAGACAGAGGCGGAUGCCGGAGUGACGCCUGUGGAAAGAUGCCCCAUCUGUGGGGACAGGGUAUCAGGUUACCAUUAUGGACUGCUCACCUGUGAGAGCUGUAAGGGGUUCUUCAAGCGAUCGGUGCAGAACAACAAGCUGUACACCUGCGCGGAGAGGCAGAGCUGCCCCAUGGACACAGCCCAGCGCAAACGCUGCCCUUACUGCCGCUUCCAGAAGUGCCUGGCCGUUGGCAUGAGGAAAGAGGCGGUUAGAGCGGACCGAAUGAGGGGUGGGCGGAACAAAUUCGGACCUCUGUAUCGUCGGGACAGGCAGCUGAAACAGCAAAGAGAAGCUUACCUUCUUUCCAGUGGUGCCCCCUACCGGGUCAAAUUGGAAGGCAUCGUAGCACAGCUGUCUUCGCCGCAUGAGCUUCACCUACUGACCACCCACUCUCCGACGACACUCCCCUCGGACCCCUUCCACCAGUCCCAGCUCGCAACUUCUGGCUUAGGCCAAGCGGAACUUCCGAUUCUCAUGGACUGCACCCUUAACAGAAACCAGCCCCUAGCCCCAGCCUCCUUCCACACUGCUGGACUGUACCACUCCAAUUUUCAGGGGUACACACAGGCUAAGGCAGAGCUCCUCUUCAGCUGCAGUCAAGCCCCUGCACCCGCCAGCACCUUUGCCGCAGGCUGCGGCACACCAACCGCUGUGCCCGUCCCCCCUUCAGAAACCUGCUUCCUUACCGAGCUCCUCAGUGGCGAGCCGGAGGAGGCACAGCUCUGUGCGCGGGUGCUGGCCAGCCUGCAGAAGGAGCAGGCAAACCGUGGGAAGCACGACAGGCUCAAUACCUUCAGCAUCAUGUGCAAGAUGGCUGACCGGACACUCUUUGCACUCGUGGAAUGGGCCCGCAACUGCGCUCUUUUCAAAGACCUUAAGGUGGAUGAUCAGAUGUCUCUGCUGCAGAACUGCUGGAGUGAACUGCUGGUCUUAGACCACCUGUAUAGACAGGUAGCAUAUGGAACGGAUGGUAGCAUCUACCUGGUCACUGGGCAACAGAUCGAGGUGUCCACCAUUCUGUCCCAGGCUGGGGUCACUCUCAGCAGCCUUGUGUCCAGAGGUCAAGACCUGGUAUCCAAGCUAAGGAUUCUGCAGCUGGACAGACAAGAAUUUGUGUGCCUUAAAUACCUGGUGCUUUUCAACCCAGAUGUAAAGUCCGUUCAGGACCGCGUGUUGGUGGAGCAGACUCAGGAGCGGGUCAACCGCGCUUUGAUGGACCAUACACUGCGAACGCACCCCAGGCAAUCAGACAAGUUUGGCCAGCUUCUUCUCAAGCUGCCGCAGGUCCGGAGUCUCGGACUGCAAGUGGAGGAAUACUUGUACCAGCGCCACCUGCUGGGUGACCUGCCCUGCAACUCCCUGCUGACAGAGAUGCUCCACACAAAGCACAGCUGAAGAGCACCUCAACUGUCUCUCACCUCUAAAGGCCACAGACCUCACGAACACCUCCAUCAAACUGCAUAUGAGAUAGUACACUGGAAGUCCCUAGUCAAAAUAUCCUGGAAUGAAUGAGCAACAGACAUUUUGUCCAGAAAAUACAUAACAGGCCUUGAUGGCUUAAAAAGGAUUUUAUUUGAUCUAGCCAGCAAGACUGGAUGAGUUUUUUUGUGAACAAUCUGGAGAGAGCACAAUACAGGAGUCCCUGCCAGCAUCCAUGCAUAUUGACAGAGCGAAACGAAAGCAAACUACAUGUCAGACAUGUGGAAUCAAUACCUUAACCAACAUAAAUAAAAAGUUCAAUGAAACAAAAAAAAAAAGUCAUCUAAUUAUUAAUAAAUAUACCUCAAGAUGAGAUGGAUCUUUCUAAAGACAAAUUGCACAGAAUCCAGGUCGUUCAACCUAUACGCAUAUGGUUCAUUUAUAGACUAUAGUGAAAUUCCAGGCCAGGGUUCUGAAGGCAACAGACACAAAGGUGAGGGGAGUUAGAUGAGAUUCACCAUUAUUCUUUUCUACUACUUGGUGUAAGACAGGUGGAGGAGGACAGAAUAAGGUAGUGGUAAGGUUUGACAUGGGCAAAAACAAGGCAGUGACAUGGUAGGAAUGGGCAAAAAAGGCAGUGGACAUGGUUGAAAUAGAGGGAAAGAAAACAAGGCAGUGGACAUAGUUGGAAUAGGCAAAAAAGGCAGUGGAGAUUAAUGGAAUGGAUCGAAAGGCAGUGAACACAUGUGAAGUAGGACAAAACAGCACAAGAUAAAAAUUUGAGAUAGGACAGAAAAAAUAAAUAAUGAAAAUGGGGAGGGAGGGUAGAAAAAGGUAGAUAUGGGGGAAUGGGUAAUUAGAGUAAGUUCACACAGGUUAGGGCAGAAUUUGGCAGUGCCCACAGAUUAAGGCAUGGUUAGGGAGUGAUUGAAAGCCCAACAGCAUACCAUCUCUGUGCAUUCCUUUACUUCCAUGAUUUGCUUUAUAUGAAAGUCUACAGUAACUAGGUACCUUUAACACUGAAAAUAUGGGAGGAAGAAAGAGAGAGAGACAGACAUAUACUUCUGCUGAUCUUACCACAAGCCAUUAAGAGCCUAGUGUUUUCCUCUGCUGAUCCUAUCACACCAACUCAGACACUGGCAUAGUAACUUAAGUACUUAGGGACAUGGCUGGCUAAUGCCAGUAUAAGACCAGACCUGAGGCAAAGCAGAUAGAUGGGGCAAGCAAGAAGAGAGUUCAGUUUGAGCGGGGGGGGGGAGUCAUUGGACAUACAAACAGGUUCACUAAAAAGCCCUUGGAUUUGCAGGGGGUGACAAAUCACUCACCAUGUUUAAUCCUUCAUACUGCAGCUCUGCUACAGAAUGGUAACCUAUUGCAUGUACAUGGAUACGUGUGUGUGUGUAUAUACGUACAUGCACACAUAUCUAGAUGCAGAUCAGUUGUGCUCAGCUCAGACAGACUGGUCAAGUCAAGCACACAGUACUGAGAUUGUUGUAAUACCCACAUGCGCAGUCACCCGCGCCAAAGCAGCUGGCUAGCAUAGCCAUAGGAUCCCGUGUGAUUUUGUUGUUAUAAAAAUCAAUCAUCAAAAACAAUGGAGGGGAAGAAGAUCGUUGUCAAACAACUUUCAAAUAUAUAUACAUAACUUUUUGAUUUUCAUUUUUUACAUCUUUUUCACUUGCGUAUAAAGAAGUCCUUCAUUUUCCAGUCGUACUACCCGGACAAAAAACAUUGCUCCAGUCCUCACAAAAGGCAUGAGGAGAAAAGAAUUGCAAAAGAAGCACAGAAAUCAAACAUCUUCUGCCCAUUAACUGAAGGCUACAGACAAAGUUCUUCAUAUAUGUCAAAAGUUAAAAUUUAAAAAAAAAAAAUUCCAAUCAUGGAACCCAGAAGGCCAAACUAUGCCUCGAUAUCAGAAGCAAGUUAAGCCCUGUCGUACACAAGUAAUAAAUGGACUUCCUACAAACAACCGGCAGCAUGACAGAACAAGCAUACACCUCCUGUGUUAGCACUAAAUGCCCCUGUCCCAAACCCUGAUAGGUCUACUAAAAAAAAACAACAGAAAGAGCUCCAGCAGUUUGGUUGCCAUACAUUCAAGAGGAAGAGAUUUUACAUGUAACCGUCUCUUGUCUCUGGGAAAUCGUCUGCGUGGCAGAGCAGAAGAUCCAAGUGCUAGAACAUGUCUGUCACUGAGCCCAGACACAGCAAGGAGAGGUGCUGGGGUGUAAAGAACUGUCAUAUCUAAGAAGAGUAACCUGGGAGCCCAAUCCAGAGGUGAAGCCCUGUUAUUU